CGUUGGCAUAAAACCACCAACGGCAGAGGAGACCACACCGUCCAGUCCAAAGGAUAAUGAUGGGGAGCGAUGACUCAAAAGGGCUUCUGAUCACCGAGAAGGGUCUGUCUGGCAUGUCUGCAGUGAGUGACAUGUUGCGCUCGUCCUAAACGCUCAUGCGUCUGUACUGACUGGCCAAUAUGUUGAGCCGACUGAUGAGUGGCAGCGACCGGAGUCUUGACAGGGAAUUCAACUGUACGGUGCGACUGCUGGACGACUCGGAAUACACUUGUACGGUUCAGAGGGAUGCAAAAGGGCAAUGGCUGUUUGAGCAAGUCUGUCAGCAUCUAAACCUGCUUGAGAAAGACUACUUUGGCAUCAGAUUUGUGGACCCAGACAAACAACGGCAUUGGUUGGAUUUCAGCAAGGCAAUUACCAAACAAAUGAGAUCCCAGCCACCCUACACUAUGUGUUUGCGUGUUAAAUUCUAUCCUCCGGACCCUGCAGCUCUUAAAGAAGAGAUCACUAGAUACCUGGUCUUCCUACAGAUUAAAAGAGAUUUGUAUCAUGGCCGACUCCUGUGCAAAAGUUCGGAUGCUGCUACGUUGGCCGCAUUUAUUCUGCAGGCUGAGAUUGGAGAUUAUGACCCGGGGAAGCAUCCGGAAGGUUACAGCUCUAAGUUUCAGUUUUUUCCCAAGCAUUCUGAGCGCCUGGAGCGCCGCAUUGCUGAGAUCCACAAAUCCGAGCUGACAGGCCAGAGUCCUGAGACAGCUGAGCUGAACUUCUUAAAGAAAGCUCAGACUCUUGAAACAUAUGGAGUAGAUCCACACCCAUGCAAGGAUGUGUCUGGUAAUACUGCAUUUCUCGCAUUUACCCCAUUUGGCUUUGUGGUACUACAGGGGAACAGGAGGAUUCAUUUCCUCAAAUGGAAUGAAGUGACCAAACUGAAGUUUGAAGGAAAGACAUUUCACAUAUAUGCAACUCAUCAAGAGGAUCAGAAGAUCAUCUUGACUUACUUUGCUCCAACACCUGAGGCCUGCAAGCAUCUAUGGAAGUGUGGGGUGGAAAACCAAGCUUUCUACCAGUUUGAGAAAUCAAGUCAAGUUCGCACUGUAUCUAGUAGUAAUCUUUUCUUCAAAGGGAGCCGCUUUAGAUAUAGUGGUAAAGUGGCCAAAGAAGUGAUGGAACAGAGUGCCAAAAUCAGACGAGAACCUCCAGAGAUCCACAGGGCUGGGAUGGUCCCCAGUAGGAGUUGUCCUUCCAUCACUCAUGGCCCACGACAGAGUAGCGUUCCCCGAACACGAAGAAGAGCGGUCCAUAUUUCCAUCAUGGAGGGUCUGGAGUCCUUGCGCGACAGUGGUCAUUCCACGCCAGUCCGAUCGGUCUCCAAUGGGAACUCAUUCCUCCGCUCCCAUGGAAAUGGAGCCGAGGGAGGACACGGAACAGCUGAAUUUUCCGAGGACUCUUACAGUCCCUCUGACAGCGUGCUUCCCACACCGGUGUCCAACGACCCCUCAGACCCGGCUCAGGUUCGCCACACAAACGGCCCCCGCAGCAAUCAAGAGGAAGGAGGAACAGAACUGUGUACUCAAAACCAGGCAAGGCCACGGGGCGUUAAACCCAAAGGGAAACGUUCUCAACUGGAGAAGACUAGGUCAACCCAACAUGGCCCAGAGGAAGGGGUGAAUCAGUUCAUCUGUAGUUUGGCACGUCUUUUCUUAGUGACCCUGGCUCUGCUCUUUGCCCUCCUUCUACUUCUUAUUGUGCUAACAGAGUCUGAGCUGGACUUGGCCUUUCUUAGGGACAUCCGGAGGACACCCGAAUUCCAGCAGUUCCACUAUGAAUACUUUUGCCCCCUUAGGCGCUGGCUGGCCUGCAAGUUGCGCUGGAUGGGUGGGCAUCUCAUUAAUAAAUGAGUGUGUAAUCACCCCUCUCUGUCUCCUCAGAGAGUAGUCUGUAGUCUACGAGUGGGACAUUCUGAGCAUUAAUAUCAUGGUACCAUGAAAUCAAAAUGAAAUUACUAUUAUCUACAUAGCCAAAGCCUUGGACUUUCUAAUACCAUGCCAAGACGAGAAAACUGUGUAUGUUUCAGCUCUAGUUAUUGUGAAAUUGUUCUCUGCAGCACUACUUUAUAGUCGGGUAAAAAAAAGGUAUGUAUAAAUGCAGCUCUUUAAAUGCUGCUGUCACCCAACUGUAAUUUAUAUACCAUUUAAAUAUAAUAUCUACACUCAAAGAAUGUUCACCCAGACUGUGAUGAGCAAGACCUCAUACUGCAAUCAAAGACAAAGAUGCCUUUAUUGGUCAGAAAAUAGACAGGGGCUGGGACAGCCAAUAAAGGGAUAGUUCACCCAAAAAUGAAACUUCUAUCAUCUUUUACACUCCCCCAUAAUACUUUAGUUAAUCUGCAAAGCACAUAUUUAAAUAAAACCUGAGAGGUUUCUGUCCCUCCACUGUAUGUCCAGGUAACCAAAUCUUAAAAGAUCCAAAAAGGUUUUAAAGGCCUUAAACAUAUCUUAAUUUGUGUUUUGAAGAGUAACCAAAGUCUUAUAGAUUUUAAACAAUAUUAGGUUGAGUAAAUGAUAUUCAUCAGAAUUGACUUAAAUGACCAUGAUCUUUUUGGGUGAACUAUCUCUCUAACAUCGGAUGUAAGACUGAGCAUGAGUUUUUUUUGGAUGAUAUUUUGUAAGUGUACAAUGUUGGUAAAGGGUGUAUAUUUGAUCCAUACCAUGCUAAAACAAGACUGUUUGUCGAUAAUAUGGAUCAAAGCCACUGACAGGGUUCUCUCUUUUAAUGGCGCUUCAGUAAUGUUCUGAUGAGAAUUUAUUGACAAUUUAUAAUAAGGUUUAAUUUGUUAACAUUAGGUAUGAUAAACUAAUGAUGAAUAAUCAUUCAUCCUGGCUAAUGUUAAUUUAACAUCUCUAACAUUUCAAGGUACAGUAUGGGUAAAUUAAGAUUAAUGAACAAACAAACACUGAUAUUUAGUGGUAGAUGGUGGCCUUGAGAUUCAAAUGUUCUGAAGAGGGUAAAGAAAGUGCUCCAGAAAGACAAAGUAAUGUGAAAUUUUUGAAAGUUUAAACUAUUUCUGAAAGGAAUAAUCUAUCAUUUGUUCAAUUAUUUUUCCAUGCAACAUUAUGCAUAAUUCAUGCAUAAUUUUAGAGAGCUCAUUCGUCCGCUUGCAUAACCUUAAUUAUCAAAAUUAAAAUGUGAAUAAUAUCUUCUGUAGGUGAUGAUGAAUUUGUUGGUUAACCAGUUGUGUGGUUAUGAAAUUAUCUUAUCUAAAGGCAUGGACUCACAGUGGUUGAAUCAGUAAAUGCAUUUUCAGCUUAAACCAAAAUAUGUUACAUUUCUAUUACUUUUCUGUUGCCUUCAUGAGACUCAUUCAAUAGUAAAGAGUUGUACUGCCAAGGCCGUAAGACUAGUGGCAGAGUAAUUUAAUUUCAAUGACAAACUGAUGGUAAAUAUAAGACACAAAGGUCUGUGGACAUAAUCACAGCUAUGCACAUUUAAAUAUCUUUGGUAAAAAUAAAUAAAUAAAUAAAUAAAACGUAACUGGAACUUAUGGGUACUCUCGAAAUAUAAGGCCUGCAGCAAAUGCAAAUAUCCUUUGAAUCAUAUUUGGGGGUUAAAAAGCCUAGAAAGGAACAGAGUGUUGUGUAAAUCUUUUAUCUACUGUGUGUGCCGCUUGUGUGUAGCUUCAUAGAGUAGACUAGUACAACUAGAAAAAGUAUGCAACAAUACCAACGAUGGCACAGAUAAAAACACCAACAGCGAGAUCCUGAUAUGUGUGUCUCUGUGGUGGUAAUUAUCAUGUGAAAGAAAUGAAGCAAUACAAAUGACACUGAUAAACCAGCAGAAAAGGUUUUUGUUGUUGUUGUUUUUUUCUUUUCUUUUCUUUUUUUUUUUUAACCUAGAGCAAUGUGAUGGUUCAAAACUGCAUUACAAAUUCAGUAACCUCAGAAUUAGCUGAUUGCUUGUCUGGCGCUGUGCCGGUUGCAAGCUGCAGGCCGUACUAUACAUCAGCUCCCAUAUACUGUGACUGACUAAUUCUUCAGAUCUGUUACUGAUGGUGAUGGACGCAGUUUCAGCUAUUUCAGAUUGUAAGUUUCAUUCAAAGCAAUAGCAGACUGAAACGAAUAAAUGUUGUAGCUCAGAAGACAAUCUGAAUGGAUAAUGAAUCACACUGUUAUACAUUGACUCGGCUGUGCCUGAGCCCAGUGAUCUUCCUGCUCACUGUAUAGCAUCAGAUUAUUAUUUUCUGUAAAUUACAUCACUUUUAUUUUUAUUGUUUCAUACCAUAAAUGGUUUACCCUGUGUUGUACCAAGAAUACAUUAAAGCAGUUUAUUUUUAUGUUUUUCUAAAAAAUAAAUAAACCUUCU